AGACGUCAAUGGAGCUCCACGAGAAGGCAAAAGAUCUUCUGAGCUCAGGACAGUUGGAGGAGUCCUGCCGACUAUUCACGAGGUUCAUAGACGAAUGUGGAGACUCCGUCGAGCACAGGGCGGCUGUCACGGACGCCUACAACAGCAGAGGUCACAUCAAAUACCUGAGUGUGGAUUUCCCCGGAGCCAUAGCCGACUACAGCACGGCUAUGGAGAGAGAUCCUGGCUUUGCCGUGGCCUGGUAUAACAGGGGACAGGUCCGCUAUCGACUAGGUCAUCUGUGUCUCUCCCUACUGCAGGCAGGUAUAAGGCAGCAGAGGGAGACCUACUGCAGGCCCUAGAACUGGACCCACACUUUACCGAUGCCCAGUUGAACCUGGCACAGGUACAGAGGGACUUGCAGAAUGGACACUCCUUCAAUACCAGCAAUCACUGAUCCUUUAGCUCUCUUUCAUCAUUUUCAACGACUUUGUGCUAUGUAUUGCUUGUGCCAUUUUAUCACACAAUAAUUAAAUA